AUGCCUGCAAAGACUAACAAACCGGCGAGACCAAAGGUCAAACGGUAUCAUGUGUACGCCGUCAUACUCUUCGUUAUGGGGACACUCUUUCCCCCACUAGCGGUAGCAGCAAGGUUCGGUCUCGGGAAGGACUUCUGGCUCAAUCUCUUACUCACGAUUUGUGGAUACAUUCCAGGACACGUGCACAAUUUUUACAUACAGAAUAUCAGGAAUAACAAGAAUCACCGCCGCACACCCAAGUGGGUCCAGCGCUAUGGCCUUGUCGACACUUCAACCAUCAAGCGUCAUGAACAGCGCUCCCAGUGGGCAGGGAGAUACAACGACCGUAAUCCGAACUCUGCUCUAGAUGAGCAGCCUCUGGAGGAAGGCCAAGUUGCGUCAAGCCGUUCAACAACACAGGAUCCCUCCACCAAGCCAGCCAAUGGCAGUGCUCUCUGGAAGCCUGAUGACGAAUCAUUCUACAACCCUGAACGUGAAGGUAGCAUGCGUUCAGCCGAAUCAGGGAGUUCUCGUUGGCAUUACCCAGCCAACUUCAACGAUACAUUUCCUGGUGCAGGAAACGCUCCAGCGCGAAAGAAGAAAAAGAAGAAAGAUAGGUGGGCGAGAACGGAGGAUGCAUAUAAUGCUCCCGAGCAGAAGAAACGAAAGAAGAAGUCAAGGAAUCGCUCUACACCUGACGAUGGCGGUGAUCUAGAGUCGACCUACUCACGCAGAGCAGGAUCAAGUGUUGAUUUGGAGGUGCCAGAAGAUGCAGCCGGUGGCACAUAUGGGAGACAAGUUGAAGGCAAUGGGCAUGUAACGGCGGAGAAUGACGAUACUGCCGCAUUGCAGGGCGAGAACGAUGUCUUCAACCACGAGUUCUGA